AUGGCUGCCAUGCGUUUCUCCCACCGAAUACAGAUCCUCAUGCUCCUCUGCUGCUCGAUAUGGCCUCGUGCUACCUCGUUCUCUUUCAGCGCCAACUUCUCCGGCCCCGGUGGCUAUGAGGCCACCAAGCACCUUCGCUUCCAGCGCCACGCGCGCUUCGACAACGGCUCUCGGAUGAUCCAUCUGACAAAAGCCGGCGGGAGUCCAAGCAACAGCCUAGGCCGGGUGUUGCACGAGCACUCUGUGACUCUGUGGGACGCCGCCACCGGCGAGCUCGCCGGAUUCAACACCUCCUUCACCUUCCGAAUCGAGGCUGUAAACGGCAGCAACUCCACUGGCGAUGGCCUGGCUUUCUUCCUGGGCCACUAUCCUCCAACGAGCAUCCCCGAUCCCCUCGACAACGGUCGCAACCUUGGCCUCUACCCGAAAGACGUCGGCAGGGUCGCGACCGGCGCCAACCGUUCCGUAGCGGUCGAGUUGGACACCCACAUGAACCCUGAGGUCGACCAUAGCGGCAGCCACAUGGGCAUCGACGUCAACUCCAUCCAAUCCCGGGCGUACACCAACGCGACAUCGCCUGGCAGAAACCUCACGUCGGGCCUCCCAAUGACUUGCCACAUCAGCUACGGUAACGACACCAAGAUCCUAGCAGCCGUUCUCCAGAUCGGCGACGCCACCUACCAUGUCAACACCAGUGUUAACCUGAGGGAUCACUUGCCUAACAAAGUGGUUAUCGGCUUCUCAGCUGCUACCGGCCAGGGGGUCGAGAUACACAAAAUCAUAUCCUGGUCGUUUCACUCCACCUUGGCUCCGCACACGCAAAGCUCCAAGGUUCUACCGCCAAAGAUGACGUGCAAACUGCUAGUAGAGGUAAUAAUUGUUCCACUUAUUGGAGUUAUUGCAAUUGUGUGCAUCUUUGUUCGCGCCCGCCGAUGGCAGUUAUGCACGAGAAGGAAGCAUUACACAGCUCUCGCCAGGGGUCUUGGGCAUUUUGAUUGUCCUAAGCUAGCACGUGCGGCCAACAAAUUUGCAAAGGAAAACAAGCUCGGGGAAGGAGGUUCUGCCUCUGUUUAUCGGGGCCAGCUGACAAAUCCAUCAAGAGCAGUGGCGAUAAAAAUAUUCAAACCGGCAACAUCCCACGAGGGGAGGAAGGCGUUCGAGGAUGAACUCGGGAUUGCUAGUCGCCUGAGGCACCGGAACCUUGUCGAAUUGAUAGGAUGGUGCUACGAUUGCCCGAGGAACCUGAUUGAGUUCGUUUGCUGGUGGCGGGACGACAAGUACACACGUCUAUUCCUUGUGUAUGAGUUGUUGCCACAAGGUAGCCUUGAUCAACACCUACACGGAGGCAACAGUUGGUUGCCAUGGUCCAAGAGGUACGAGAUCAUCCUGGACCUAGGAUCUGCACUGCAAUACCUCCACGUAGAUUGUGAGCAACACAAGCAAUGUGUCGUACAUGGUGAUAUCAAAUCAAGCAACGUGCUGCUUGACCCUUCGUAUGGUGCCAAGUUAGGCGACUUCGGAUUGGCAAGGUCUGUUGACCAAGAAACCGGGGCACAAACCACAGACGUUGUGCAGGGCACUUACGGAUAUAUAGACCCUGUGUUUGUCAACACGAGCCAGCGGAAUAGGCAGUCAGACAUGUACAGUUUUGGCAUUGUCCUACUAGAGAUGGUCUCUGGAAGGGAUCCGACGGUGCGUCUCAACAAUAGGCCUCCAUUGGCAUCAUGGGUAAGGAGUUUGUACCAUAGGCAUGCGCUCCUAGAGGCCGUAGAUGGCAGGCUGUUAGGUGGUGAGUCUAGUGCCGGCCGGCAGCAGAUGAAGCGUGCGCUACUCGUUGGCCUCUUAUGCGUGCACCAGGACCCGAUCAGCAGGCCGUCAAUCAACGACACCAUGUAUGCACUGCGAUCAGAGAGGCUUAAAUUGGAUAUGACUCCCCUAGCGCCAGUGACACCACUGUUGAUGCCGUAG